CCACCAAUCCAUCAAUUUACAUCCAUCCCAUUCACCAUGCUCCGAGCCAUACACAACCCCCUAACCUCCAGACCAAUAAUCAUCCCAUCCCUCCAUCCACCCCCAAUCCCCAUAACCCCAAUAACCCACCAAAAGAAACCCAUCACCACCCACUCCCACCCCAAAUACAAUCCCCAAUCCCUCAAACCCACCCUCCAAAAAAUCCUCUCCCAUUUCCCCACCCCCAUCGACUACGCCAUUGCCUACGGCUCCAACAUCUUCCCUCAAUCCCAAUCCCAAUCCCCUCAUACCAGCAACAUCCCCAAAAUGACCGACCUGAUCAUCUCCGUCCCCAGCACCCAAACCUUCCACACCCACAACCUAUCCACCAACCCAACGCACUACCCACCGCUUAUCUCAACUCUCGGGCCCACCCUCAUCUCAAAACUCAACGAUACCCUUGGGGCAGGAAUAUCCUACACCCCGUAUAUCACCAUAAACAAUACAUCUCUAAAAUACGGUAUCAUCAACACUCCAUCCCUAAUCCAUGACCUACUGCAUUGGGAGAGUAUGUAUCUCGCGGGCCGGUUCCAUAAACCUAUUCUUGUGAUCAAGGAUCAUGAGGGGGUGGAGGAGGCCAGGAAGAGGAAUUUGGAAAGUGCAGUGAAAGUGGCGUUGUUGAUUUUACCCGGGACGUUCACGGAGAGGAUGUUCUAUGGGGUGGUUGUUGGGUUGAGUUAUUCUGGGGAUGUGAGGAUUGUGCUUGGAGGGGAGGGGAGGGGCAAGGUUGAUGGGAUUGAUAUGUGUCCUAGGGUUAGGGCGGAGUUGGUGAGGGGGUUGCCCCGGGGGUUGAGGAGGAGCGUUUAUGCUAGGUUUAGCGGUGGGGAUGAGGAUGAGGAUGGGAUGGCGAGGAGGGUUGUCCUGGAUCCGAGGUCGAAGGAGAUUGUGGAGCGGGCGGUGGUGGAGACGGUUCGAUGGCCGAGUCUUGUGCAGAGUUUGAAGAGUAUUGUUACUGCUGGGGUGGGGAGGAGUUGGAGGUAUGCGAUGGAGAAGAGGAGGAAGGCCAGGGGUGGGGAGAUUUGAGAGGGGAUGUGGUUAGGGUUGAGAAAGAUGGAUGGAUGUACUCUACUCAUUGUAUACUAG